UCAUUGCGACAUAUGGCUUUGUCAUUUACCUUUCCAAAUUAUGUAGGGAAAAUAUUUUUAUUUCAAAAUACAGAUUUUUUUUACUAAUAAAUAUUGUUUGCCAGAACUAUUAUUUGAUAACAAUGCAGUCGGUAGUCACUUUCGAGAAACCUUUACCUCAUCUCAGCUUGCCGGAUUGGGACGCUCGAUUGUAUAAUUUACAAGUAACAUCUGAUACAAGAAGAGCCGAUGCCUUCGAUCUUCGCCACGGAGCUCAUCAGCUGCGUAAUGAGACCAGAAUCAAGACAGAAUGGGACAGCUACCACAACAAUAACCGCCUGAGAGCCAGGGUCUACGAGCUCGAUCAAUGGAAGAUCACACUUCAAGAGCUUCUGGAUCGUAUCGACCGUGAGAUGGCCGGUCUGAAGGAAGAGAAAGCGUCGACUGAAAGAGAGUUGGAACAGCUGAAUAUGCCUCUGUUGGUGUGUUCUGAAUGUUUGUCCAACAGAGACGGUAGGAGAAGCACGGAAUUGACUUACGAUCUUGCCGAUACAGAGUUAAAAAAGGAGCUCUGUGUCACCGAAAGCAACAAAAAGAUGUUGAUAGAUCGUUGCCAAUCCGCUUGGGAGAAGAUCAAUAAACUGGAAGUGGUGAAGUUCAAACUCCAACUCGACCUGAACGAUAAGAACGAAGCUUUGCAGAUCGACAAGGACAUGCUUGGAUUGGAUAAAGUCUGCGCUAAUAUUACUUACAAGACUGAUUCGUUGAAAACUCCUAAAAGAAUGAUUACGUACGAUCAAUGGCUUGAGAAAUGCGAAGCCAUAAAGAAUAUGGCGAUAACGGAAUUGCAAGACACUUUGAGGCUUAGGGAAUCUUUGUUUGUGGCUAGGGGCCGCGCUAGGAAUGCCCUUAGAGCCCAAACUGACGUUACCAACUAUAUGCUGCGCAGAAGAAUUUAUGAUACACAGAGGGCGAGAAAUGAGCUGGAGUGGCAGAAGAUGAAGAUGGAAGAAAACAUGGACAAGCUAGGAACGGAAUUGAAGACGAUGGGCGAACAGUUUGCGGACAAAGUGAACGCUUUGAAAGUGGCCGAGACGCGUUUGGAGACGAGGGGCUAUCGGCCUGGCAUUGAGCUGGCAGCGGACGAAGCGGAUAUCGGGCUGAAGGAGGAAGUGCGCAAUCUGAGGGAGACUAUACGACAGUUGCAGGAGAAGUUGGAUUGCGCUAAAGCAACGUACAACGCCCUCGAAGCGGCGUCCAUAAAAAUUACUAUGGAUUUGAACGACAAAAACCAGUCUCUGGAGACGGACACUCGCGCUUUAGAAAUGAGGCAGGCUUUGGAGCCAAAGAGGCCGCAGGGCACCGACAAAAACCUAGUCCUCGCGAGUAUGGUCGACGAGGUACCGAUCGUCGAAAACUGAAUAACAUCGACGACCGCUGCAUACGUUUCUUGAAUGUUGUACAAGUUCUUGGUAAAAUAUAUAUCGAUGGUUUCAAUGUUGGAA